AUGAGGAUGAAAUAGUGAAAUGAAUAAAAUAACAUCCGCGUUAUUCCCGAAAUCUUCUUUUUCGGCGGUGGCGAUUGGCCGCCGCCACCUCUUCUCCGGGUCCAUCUUCCCUACUUCUCACGUUCACGGUCGAUAUACCAGUAGAAUUAGCUUUUACAGAAAACCCAUUCAUGUGGCGAUGGCUUCCAUAUCUACAGAGGCAGAAGAAAAGCAAAAGCCUUGGCUAAUUGUCGGCCUCGGCAAUCCCGGAAAGCGAUACGCCGGCACACGCCACAACGUCGGCUUUGAAUUGAUUGAUUAUAUAGCUGAGGAGGAGGGAAUUGCAAUGAGCACCGUCUCCUUCAAAUCUACCUUUGGAAAAGGUUUUAUUGGAGAUGUUCCUGUUAUGCUUGCUAAACCGCAGACUUUCAUGAAUGCUAGUGGUGAGUCUGUUGGUGCUAUUGUUUCAUACUAUAAGAUCCCAUUGAAUCAAGUUCUUGUGAUGUUCGACGAUAUGGAUCUUCCUUUUGCGAAGUUGAGAUUAUUACCGAAAGGUGGACAUGGAGGGCAUAAUGGUCGGGACUUUCCUCGCUUGCGAAUAGGUAUCGGAAGACCUCCGGGGAAAAUGGACCCCAUAAACUUUGUUAUGCGGCCGUUUAACAAGGACGAACGCGAAGAGUUGGAUUUUACCUUCCAAACCGGAUUGGAAGCAGUUCGGAUGCUCAUGACAAACGAUUUCAACAAAAGUGCAACUUUUGUGAACAGCACAAAAAAUCGCAUGGAACAAGUAUAACUAGUAAUAUUAACUUCUUCACUACCAUUCAUUGGUGAAAUUUCACAUCUUUCACCUUUUUCUCAUUGGGAAAGCUUAUGAAGCAUAUUGUUUUGGAAAGUUGCUUGGGUCUCGUCUUUAAUUAUUCAGCAGCAUGUUCGUGACAACACGAUGUUUUGGAGGGGCUAGAUAUUGUGAAGCAGAAUUGCAGGAUUUUUCCUAGAGCAUUUUCUUUUUUCUUCACUGCCAUUAUCAAUCAACGGUGUGCCACUCAUAUGGGUGGCAUGUACUAAACCACCAUCAACUAUAUCAUUCUCUAUGCUUAUUUAUCAGAUUCAGUUCACGGUGAUAGAAUAAAAAUUCCAGUCACAAGCAACUUCUGGAACAAAAAGGAGAAAUGUUCGGAAGCACCAACUUUUGUCUUUGUGUUACUAAAAUGCCGCCCUUGCAUUACACGACCAAAAAAGCAACCGAUAAUUACAGCCAACAGGCGGUAUAUCGGUUUUCACAAAUGCAACUGCAAUGUUGGCUAAUGGUUAGACAACUACUUUUUCUUACGAAAAAUGCGUACUUAUCCUAUGAAAUAUUAUACGUUUGUUUGUGUUGUAUCCUAAAGUAUGAUAUUUGAACGUGAAAGUAUGUACAUAUGUGAAAGAGUGGCCUCACAGAAGAUUCGGAAAGGGAAAGGUGUGUUUUUGCAAAUCUUCCAACAAAUCAUACUUAUCCCACCCUUAUUCUCACAUUUAAACUGUCCAUUACCCUUAAAUUCCUUACAGUUUUACCAGAGAAUUCAGAUUCUAAAAUGCAUCAUAUAACUGAAAAAAAAUAAAACGAAAACCAAAAUUAAUUUGAGAGAAGAAUAGGAAGAAGAGAAAAUGCAUACCUUCUGCAGAACUCUGAUGUGUA